AUGUCUAUGCCAUGGUACUACUUGGAGAGACCCACUCGCAUGCUUUUGUUGAGGUGCUACUAUGCUGUAUGUGCUUUUACAUAUCCGGUAUUUGUGGGGUUAAAUUGGAAUAGCUACGCUCCCACGCGAGCUGAGGUACUGGCAGGGAGAUCUUUAAAGGAUGAGAUCCUCAAUCCGAGGAGAAAAUAG